AUGAUAUUGUAUCGAUACAGUAGGAGACAGGUGCAUUUUGUUUCGAUUGUAGGGGGGGACGUAAAAAAUCGACCCAAAUAGGAGGGGGAAUUUGGAUUUCGAA